AUGGACAGAAGACCAAGGAAUGCUGUUGCUGGACUCCUCAUGCUGGUCCUUGGCGUUGUCGUGGUUGCGUUGACGCAGACCAAUAAUCCUUCCUCUGCUACUUUCGAGCUGACGGCAGGAGAAAAAGAUGGUGGUGAUGAAACUCCUCCCAUGGUGAGACGAGAUCGAAACUUGGACGAGAACGAAGGGACGACAGCUCCCACUACUGCCACUGAGAGCAGUACCACAGCUCCCACUACUGUCACUGAGAGCAGUACCACGGGUCCAUCGCAGGCCCCACCGACUUGGUCGCCUACCCGUUACCAGGGACCCAAUCCAUGUGAAGGCAAACGCCCCGAUCUUCCUAACGCUCUCUGCUUCGUGGAGGGUAUCCCCCAAACGGGCGAGCAAGCACCCGCGAACGUAACGGAGGGAUAUUUGGGACUACGAGACACGCUUGGUGUUGUUCCUGUCACGGUUCCAUUUUGGCAGGUGGCAAGCUGUCCGGUCGGUGUCUAUUGGAAACUAGGAGCAGAGCAUUACUCGUACGGCGAAUACGAUGAAACUGGAACGGGUCCAAUGGAGGACGCCAGCAGCGACGACGUACGACAAGGGUACCAAUGUCAACAUUACGAUGCUUCCGAUCCUAAGUUUACCACGGAAUUCGACUGGCAACACUGUGACGGCAUGACGGUGGGUCAAACCUAUGAGAUCCAAUGGCCCCAUUCCGCGGCCGGUGCCUGUGGGACCAUUUGGCAAUAUCAGCAUCCGUUCUUGGAUGGUGUCUUUUGUCGCGAUAGCGUCUUGGUGGAUACCGCGGCGGAGUUAGGAGUACAAGCACAAGUCUUUACAGUCGUCAAUGACGACUCGUACUACUAUCACGAUUUGAUGCGGGGCAUGAUUGUGGACGAAUAUUCGGACCGUGGCACCGAUGUGGCCAUGUACACGGGAUCCUAUACCCUCGGAGGGGGACUCGACAAUACCGUUUGUUCCCAAUUUACUCCAUUGACGUGGCACGUGGAUCGAAAAUGCCACUUGAUUUCGGCAUCUUCCAUGGACAAACUGUGCGAGGAUAUGAAACGACAAAGCGAUGAUUUCAUUACGGGCGUGGCACUGUCCCCCCAGAGUGCUCGGGAGUUGGUGUCGGACAACUUGGCAGCCAACAAUCAAGUGAGUGGUGGUGCUGGUACAGCCAUUGGCAAAUAG